AUGGAGAAGUUCCUCAGGGAGUGGCGGCAGGAUGCUCUGAACAAGGCGCAGUACGAAUCCGCCAUCUUUAUCGGCGACAAGCUGCUGGCCUUGACUAAUGACGACCACGACGCCUUCUGGCUGGCUCAAGUUCACUUUGCUACGGGCAACUACACUCGCGCGCAGGCCUUCCUCUCCAAGCAGGACCUCGUGUCCCGCAGCCCGUCGUGUCGCUAUCUCGCCGGGCACUGUCUCAUCAAGCAGUCUCGUUACGAGGAAGCGCUCGCUGUCCUCGGGGAGCGGAACCCGACCCAUCUCAUCUCCAACGGCGGCAGCAACAAGCGAAAGUCGCAGCCCCGCCACCACGGCAGCCGUCGCCGCGACGCCGGGGUGGACGAGGAGGAUGCGGCCAACCGGCGCUUCGAGGCGGCCAUGUGCUUCCUCAGGGGAAUCUGCUACGCCAAGCAGAACGCCUUUGACAGGGCCAAGGAGUGCUACAAGGAUGCCGUGCGCAUCGACGUCCGAUGCUUCGAGGCCUUCCAGCAGCUCAUGAAGAACUCGCUGCUGUCGCCCGACGAGGAGUGGCAGUUUCUCGAAAGCCUCGACUUUGACUCCAUCACCGUGUCUGGCGACGUUUCCUCGUCCCAGGAAGCCGCCGACUUCACCAGGAUGCUCUACACGACGCGCCUGUCCAAGUACCGCAACCCGGCCGCCUUCCAAACCGCCCACGACUCCCUGUCGACGCACUACCGCCUGUCUGCCAACCCCGAUCUUCAGCUCGCGCGGGCCGACCUGCUCUACACCCAGUGCCGCCACCAGGACGCCCUCGCCAUCACCAACUCGAUACUGCACGAGGACAAGUACAACUUUUCCGUGUACCCCGUGCACCUGGCAUGCCUGUACGAGCUCAAGAUGAACAACGUCCUGUUUCUCGUGGCCCACGACCUUGCCGACACCCACCCGGACGAGCCGUGCACGUGGCUGGCCGUCGGCAUCUACUACUUUGCCAUUGGCAAGAUUGCCGAAGCUCGCCGGUACUUUAGCAAGGCCAGCAUGAUGGACGCGCACUUCGGCCCGGCCUGGAUAGGUUUCGCCCACACGUUUGCGGCCGAGGGCGAGCACGACCAGGCCAUCUCGGCCUACUCCACGGCCGCCAGGUUGUUCAUGGGCACCCAUCUGCCCCAGGUCUUCCUCGGCAUGCAGAACCACGCGCUCAACAACAUGGCCCUCGCCGAGGAGUUCCUCAAGACGGCCUACGGCCUCUGCAAGACGGAUCCUCUGCUGCUCAACGAGAUGGGCAUCGUCAAGUACCACCAGGACCGCCCCAAGGAAGCCGUGCAGUACUUGACCGCCGCCCUGGACGUGGCCGAGGAGAUCAACAGCGAGCCUUCGGCCUGGCUCUCGGCCAAGACGAACCUCGCGCACGCGUACCGACGUCUGCGCCACUUUAACAGGGCGCUCGACAUGUUUGACGAGGUGCUGAGGUUGGGCGGUAAGGACGCCGCAAUCUUUAGCGCCAAGGGGCUCAUCCUGAUGGAGCAGAACCGGCCCGAGGAGGCCGUGGCCGUCUUGCAUCAAGCCCUGGCCAUCAACCCGCAGGACAGCAUCGCCACCGAGCUCUUGAACAAGGCGCUCGAGGAGACGGUUCUGACCGACGUGGCAGCAGACCAAGAUGCCGACCAUCUUGCCGAGUUUGAGCACCACCUUGACGAGAGAAAGAUGGAAGCUGCGCAGAGACUAAACGGCCAUGAUGUGGGGAUCGGUCAAGGCGUGCCGGACAAGGGCAAGGGAAGGGUGACGACGAGGGGAGCGCUUCUAGACGACGAAGAGGAUGGAGGAGAGAGCAUAAUGGAAAUGACGGAUGACGACCAGUAG